GAUGUUAAGGGUGUCGAUGCAAUUUUCUAUUAAAGAGACGUCGGAAAGUGAGGAGAUGCGGGCAUUUCUCAUCGGAUCCCCUUUCCAAUUUCCUCCGAACGACCGCCUCAUCGCGAGAUUGUGGGCAAACGGUUCAAUCGUUUGUUUGGAAGAAAAAGAGAAAGUAUUUCUGUUUAGAAGCCCCCUGAGUGGAUACCUUGUACUUGUAUUCAAAGUCUUCUGCAGUUCUUGCUUCAAAUCAGUACCUUUUGUCGAAUAAGUGAUCCAUGGAGGGGGUUGCUUGUUCAAAUUAUAGUUGUUGGAUUUGAUUGGCACCUAUAGCUAAGAAUUACUACUUCAACCAAGGAAGCCAUGCUACGGAACGUGCACAAGGAAACAGAAACUCAUGAUAACAACAACCAGAAGGUUUAUCCACAACCGAUGGAUGAAACUUCAAAUAAACAAAAGGAAUCUAUGGAUGCACUAAUAUCAAGGAUAUUCAACAACAUUUCCUCUUUGAAAGCAGCAUACAUUCAACUCCAGGAUGCUCAUACUCCCUAUGAUCCAGACAAGAUCCAGGUUGCUGAUAAACUAGUUAUCGAGGAAUUGAUGAAGCUAUCAGAACUCAAACAUUCACAUAGGGAGAAAAAUCCUAAGCUCCUGUCAGCAACACCCAAGGAUUCAUCUCUUCUUGCAGAAAUCCAAGAGCAGCAAAGGUUGCUAAAAACCUAUGAAGUCAUGGUGAAGAAAUUUGAGUCCAAGAUUCAAGCAAGAGACUCUGAGAUUGUCCAAAUACAACAAGAAAUCCAGGAGUCAAGCCAGAGACAGUUAAAACUAGAGAAGAAAUUAAAGAAGAGGGGUCUACUCUCCAAGGAAUCAGAGGGCUUUAUGGAGGAGAAUAAUUUCUUCUCCAUCGAGUUGACUCCUAGUCUUUUUUCCUCAGCUGUAGAUACAACAUAUAAAUCCAUCCAUGAUUUCUCAAAACCAUUAAUUAAUAUGAUGAAAGUUGCAGGCUGGGAUCUUGAUGCAGCAGCUAAUGCAAUUGAACCUGCACUAGUAUAUGCCAAAAGGGCUCAUAAGAAGUAUGCUUUUGAAUCUCACAUUUGCCAGAAAAUGUUCUGUGGGUUCCAGGAAGAGAACUUCUCCAUGGAACUAUCAGACAUUACAGUUUCUCCUGAAGGAUUUUUCCACCAGUUUCUUGCAGUACGAGCUAUGGAUCCUCUGGAUAUACUGAGCCAAAGUCCAAAUUCUGUUUUUGGCAAAUUUUCGCGGGAAAAAUACCUCCUCCUUGUGCACCCAAAGAUGGAGGCCUCUUUUUUUGGUAACCUGGACCAAAGAAACCAUGUUAUAAAUGGUGGGCACCCUAGGACACCUUUCUACCAGGCUUUUCUUAAAUUGGCUAAGGCAAUAUGGCUUCUACACAGGUUAGCUUAUUCAUAUGUUCCCAAAGUUGAGGUUUUCCGGGCAAACAAGGGUGCAGAGUUUUCAGAAGUCUACAUGGAAAGUGUGGUGAAGAACAUAGUAGUAUCAGAGGGGGAACCAAGACCUCAAGUCGGGCUUAUGAUCAUGCCAGGUUUUAUGAUUGGAGGCAGCGUUAUACAAUCUCUUGUGUACCUUACUGGCGUGCAGUGUGCUGAAUGAAGACCAUGACUGUUCACAACUCACACUUUAAGGAAGCUUCAAUUGCUUGUAGUAUGCUAGCUAAAGAUAUGUUAACAAAUAUUCCAGAAUUAGACAAUCAUGUUUAUUUUUAUGAUGAAUAUCUAAUUUUAGCUUGGCCUAUUUGCACUAUAGUCCAA